CAACUGCAAAUGGUUAUUCUCCAGGUUCAGGCCCGGCUGGGGUGGGAAACAAGGGUAUUAGAGCUCCUCUAGUAUCUUUGGGGGAAAGGGCGUGCUGUGAAAGUGGCGACACCGCCCUUUGAGUUGUCUGUCUGUCCGUCUGUCUGUCAGAGUGAAGGUGUGUCGCACCUGGGCUCGGCUCCGCCACUCCUCGUCCUUGGAAAGUUACGCACUCUCCACUCCGUCGACAUUUACCUUUCGCCCGUGUACCAGUGCUGAGGCAGCCGUGCGAUCGCCAGCCUGUUUUCCGACAAUGUCAUCGCGAGCGCGGCCGGGAAGUUCGUCCUCUCUCUCGGAGAGCUCGUAUUACGAGAGCAUCGAGCGUGCCGGCUCCCCCAACCCCGCACUCAACGUCUACGGACAGAAAUACUACCUUCCCGUCGGCAGCCCCACAGGGCCCACCGUCACCAGACUAGUCCGGCACGGAGGCGGCCAGCAGACCCUGGAGCGGGUAAAAGACCAUCAGCAACAAUAUCAACAUGGUAAUGAAGUCACCUAUGUACAGAACAGCCACGGGCAGGUGGGGCUGUCAAGCCCCACAGAGGUACAAAACAGGCAGCAUCAAUAUAUACUGUCCCAAAGCAUGAAAGGAAUAAAUAUUCCAAAGGAGUCGGAAGUUAUAGUACAUAAAACAUUCGUGACAGUUAAUCAAGUUCCAUCUGCACAGGUAUAUGAAGGUGUUCAAGGCUUUCCAUCCUAUCAGAACAUUGGAAAUUCGCAAACCCACUGGGAAGAUAUCAAAUACAGUGAAAGCCAAAUAAGAAAUGAUCGAAGCCCUGUGCAGGUUGUGUCUUAUCCGAGUGAACACAUCAAGUCUCAGAGUACACGAAGCUCUGUCACAUCCCAAGAAUAUGACCUACACUCAGAGGAAACCUUGAUGAAAUGCUCUGGAGGAGGGAGUCCAGCCAGAACCCGGAGUCCUCACCCCAGCCAGAUCAAGAGUGCAAUGGAUUACGAGAGUGGUAACACAGAGAAAUUGGAUCCUCGAUACUUUGGUGAGCUGCUGGCUGAGCUGAAAUGCAAGACCACUGAGCUCCACAACAUCCUGCAGGAAAAUACAGAUAAAAUCAAGUGGAAACAGGGCAGUUUGCAAAUGAAUCUUGAUCUCAAUGGUACCAAUGAAAAUCUUGAAGCUCUGAUACCAAAAGGGGUAUCUGAAUUGACAAAACAACACCUGCGCUAUAUUUUGCAGACAAGGUUUACUGUGGACAAAUCCUUGCGACUUCUUUUGGAAACAUUCAGCAGCUUACGUGAAGAUCUACUCCAUCUUCAGGACGACCUAAGAAGACUUGCCACAGACAAGGAAAUGCUGGAAAAAGACUUGGGUUUUAAAUCGCAAAAGAUGGCAGAAUAUUCACAGCUCUUGGAGUCCGUACGAGAGAACAACCGACAGUUGCAGAGUACCAUAAAAGAGAGUGGUUCAAGCCAUCGAUCCCUUGAGGAUUUGAUAUUAACUCUGAGAAAUUCUGAGGCAGAUAAGGAAUUCCGCGUGAAAGAGUUGGAAUUCAGCAAGAGAGCUCUAGAACAAGAUAACGAGUCACUUCGUCAACAGCUAAUGAAGAGUCCAUCCACUGCAACAUUUACCACUGACACUUCAAACAAUUACUAUGAAAUGGUCAGUAAACUCCGUGAAGAAAAGGACAAGGAAAUCAAUGUUUUGAGGUCCCAAAUCAGCAAUAUGAAACGUGAAAUGUCAUCCGGACAAGACAGUAGCAGCAGCAUGCAAAUUAAAAUAAUGGAAUACAAUAACAAUCUGAGUGAGAAGGAUUCCAUUAUUCAACAGAAGAAUGAGGAAAUCAUGAGACUCAGAUCUUCACAACAAGGGUCCAACAAUGUGACGCGCACCAUCAUCACAAAGCGAUACCUUGACUAUCCUAUUCUGGGCCUUUUACAAGACAGUAAACCUAAAUCACCAAGUAAAGAACGAACGACUAUUUUCUUUGAAAAUAAUAGAAGAAGGUAAAUAAGAAAACAGUAGGUAAGGACUGAACCCUGGAGUAGCACUCCAUGAAAUCUAUUCUCAUUAGGAACAUCUUUCGGCCUACUGAAGACUAAUUGAAUACAUCGGGAAGUAUUUACUAUUUUUUGCCACCUAGGUUAAUCAACAUUUUAAUUUUAUGGUGUCCUUUCUUAGCCUUGAUUAGCCACAAAACGUGGUAUUUUGCGGGGGAUCGGUAUCAGUUUGUGUUAAACUGUUUAUUUUUUAAAUGUAUUGUUGAAGACUUAAGGUGUGAGGAUUUUUGCUAUUUUACCUUUUAAUAUUAGAAUUAAAUUAAAUUGCAUAUUAGACUUAAAGGUGGUUGGUAUGAAGAAUAGAGCAUGAAAAUUGAAAAAUAAAUUAAAUGCAAGCUAAACCACUGUCUAGUUGAUGAGUGGGUGCUUUUUAUCUGCAUAUUGAAUUGUGAUGUUUGUUUAUCCUGUAUAUUAUAUGAAAGGCAUUUUCCACUAUACUUAGUGUGCCAGUUUCACUUGAACAGCAAUGAUUUAGUAGCAAUACACAAGAGCCUUUUAUUUGUGAUUGUUCUCAUUUCCAUGUACAUAUACUUAAGUAUAGGUACACUAAAGACAAGAAACAUUACCAGUGAUGGAUGAAAUAUUUUAUAAUAAUGGAUUACCUUUUGUUCUGAAAUAAUUUUGUAAUUUAACUGUGGAUUAUUGACAUUGCAAAUAUAUAUUUUAAAAUGUAUAAAAUUGCGAUAAGACUUAAAGAGUGCUCUCUGAAAAUUAAAUCAUCCUAAUUGAUUGUGUCCAGAAAUAAUUUCGACCAUUCAUUUUUAGCAAUAUCUGCUCAUCAGUCUGUUCCAUUCAAAACAUGUUUGUAGGACAUAAAGAAACUCUGAUUCAAAUGGAUGAAACUGAUCAUUAAGUACAGUGUUAAUUUUAAUCUUUAUACUUUAUGGCUGAAGUAAUUAUUCCCAGUGCGCUUUUUUUUAGUGCAAUAAGCAACUUUGAAAUUAUGGCGCUAGACCUUCUUGUUAGUAUUGUGACCAAAUAUGUAUAUGUCUCAACUUUCUUAUUGAACAUUGGGGUUAUAAACUGUACUGCACACAACCAUUAGCGUUUUAUUCCAUUAUACAUUCUGGGGUACAAUAAAUUACUUUGUUGUACGUUAAUGCAAGUGGAUACAUUUCUGUAUUCCUUGAAUGGUUCAAGGCUAUCAUUACAAUUGAAAAAUGCAGCCAAGACCGCAGAACAAAUCUAUAUGUAUCCAUGCAAUUUAACAAAAAAAUAAAAAAAAUAGAUAAAUA